AUGAAACUCCAUCUUUAUGCAUUAAAGAAAAACUUUGAGUUUAAAGUAAAGAAGUCUGCGAAAAAUAUAUGGUGUACAGUAUGUGUUGAUGAUAAAUGCAAAUGGAGGUUGAGGGCUACAAAAUUGGUUAAUUCCAAUAUGUUCGAGGUUCGUAAAUUUUUCGGUGAACACACCUGUUCAUUGGAUGUUCGACAUAAAGAUCACCGUCAGGCAUCCCCAUGGCUUAUUGGACAUGUCAUAAGGAGAAAAUUUGAGGGUGAUAAUGUUAAUUACAAGCCAAGGUCAAUUGUAAAAGAUAUGAGUUUAUCAUAUGGAGUUCAUAUGAGCUAUGCUAAAGCUUGGAGGUGUCGAGAGCAUGCAUUGGCUUACAUAAGAGGUACACCAGAAUCAUCAUUUCAGAAACUUCCCUCAUUUCUAUACAUGAUGGAGCAAAAAAAUUCUGGAACUAUUACUCAUUUGCAGAUGGACAAUGAAGGUAGGUUCAAAUAUUGCUUCAUGGCCUUAGGUGUUUCUAUAAUGGGGUUUAAAACAUAUAUUCGCCCAGUUAUAUGUGUAGAUGGAACCUUCUUGACUACUCGGUGUGGAGGUACUUUGUUAUGUGCCAUGGGACAAGAUGCUAACAAGCAAAUAUAUCCAAUUGCAUUUUCAGUAGUUGACUCAGAGAAUAAUGACUCAUGGUUGUAUUUUCUACUGAGGUUGAAGGAAGCGAUUGGUGAAGUGGAGAAUCUAGUAUUCGUGUCUGAUAGACAUACUAGUAUAGCAAGUGCCUUGACUAAAAAUUUUCCUGAGGCACACCACGGUACUUGUAUACAUCAUGUUAGCAUGAAUAUCCGUGCGAAGUUCAAAACUGACCAUUGCCAUGAAGAAUUCUUCCUUGCAGCGAAAGCUUAUAGAAAGCGAGAGUUUUUACGCCAUUUUGAGAAGAUUAAAUUCAAAGAUCUUGCAAUUGCUCAAUACUUAGAGAAUCAAGUGGGUUUUGAAAAGUGGGCUCGUUCUUUCUUUCUUGGUCAUCGAUAUAAUUUAAUGACUACAAGUAUUGCCGAAAGCUGGAACAAUGUCAUUGCUGAGGCACGUGGGUGGCCAAUUACUUGUCUCAUGGAAUUUAUGAGGCACACUUUACAAAAAUGGUUUUUCGAGCGUCGAACUGCAGCAUCAGCGGCUACAGGUCCUCUUGCCACAAAAGUGGAAGCUGAUUUGCGAAAGUUAGCAGACAAGUCCACUACCUCGUUCCCUUUUCCGUUUAGUCAGUAUGAAAUAACAGUAUUGGAUGGUGAUCUUGAUGGAGAUGUAAACCUGAGGAGGAAAACAUGUAGUUGUAGAAGAUUUGAUUUGAUAGGUCUUCCUUGUGAACACGCUCUAGCUGGUGCUCGAGAUCGUGGCAUUAGUCCAUAUAGUUUAUGGUCCAGAUUCUACACAGUUGAAGCGUGGUUGUCAUCCUAUGGUGGAUCUGUAUAUACGCUGGGUAAUGAAGAAUCUUGGGUGAUACCAAAUGACAUAGGAAGUAUGAUGAUAGCUCCUCCUUUAGUGAAGCAGAAGGCUGUUCGUCCAAAGAAGAAACGACGUUUAUCAAAGGGUGAGAAGAAUAGCAAACAACGUAGAUGUGGUGUCCUAGGCCACAAUCGAGUGACGUGCACCACUGUUUGUCCCCCGCCGUCUAGACAUGCUUAG